AUGCAGAAGAAGCCAAACAGAGCAGGAAGAAUAGCAAGCAACCGGAACACGUACGCUUAUGCUUUCGGCUGGCAGGAGAAAAGAAACAGAACCAGGGACAAACGCAUGCAUGAAGGAAACGGCACAGCAGAGAAAGCAGAUGGGACGGCACAGAAAAUAGAGACAAACGCAGAAGAAACAGAGAGAAGACGGGAACAGCGAGAAGGGGGGAAGCAACGUAAAAAAAAUAUACAGAGGAGAGAGAGGACCGGAAGACGUGAAACAGAGGCUGAGACGGAGGAGAGAGGACGUGGCGGAGGAGCUUUUCUUUCCGAAAAGCUGAGAAGGAAACGAGGGAGGCCAGAAGCUGAACGAAAAAGGAUAGAGACGGAGAGAGGUGAAAUGGAGGCUGAGGGAGAAAGGCUAUUCCGGCCGGAACAAAGUAGAGGAAACGAAGAAGAGGAGUGCAGCUCUCGCUCUUCAGCUCUCAAAUUUCGUUUGCAGGAGCUCUUUGAUUCCGUCCCUGUUUAUCGAUGGGCGUCUCAAGCAAGCCUUCUCCUUCAAAAGCAACUCAAAGAUCUUUGCAAGAACCCGGUUGAUGGGUUCUCCGCGGGUUUGGUGGAUGAAAACAACAUUUUUGAAUGGAGCGUGACCAUAAUUGGACCUCCGGAUACUCUCUACGAGGGAGGAUUUUUCAAUGCGAUUAUGAGUUUUCCAUCCAACUACCAUAGUCCACCAACAGUGAAAUCCUCAGAAAUAUGGCAUCCCAAUGUAUAUCCUGAUGGUCGGGUUUGCAUAUCAAUUCUUCACCCGCCAGGUGAUGAUCCAAAUGGUUAUGAGCUUGCAAGUGAGCGCUGGAUGCCUGUUCAU